AUCGGGAGCAUGGCUGCGGAGGUCUCCCAACUUUUGCUGGCUGUGGUUCAGGGCAUUCCAGCCGGCGCCACCAACGAGGACUUGACCAAGGCGCUGCCCGAUGUCCCAGCGGCCACGCGGGUGGAGGCCCUGAAUAUACUGCUCCAACAGGGAGGGAUCGAGAUCCUGAAGAAGGGCGAGAAGUUGGUGUACCGCGCCAAGGAUCCAGAGAAGAAGAGCGCCCUGCCCCAAGGAUGCGGACAACGAGAGAAGGGUUACGGCAUCGUGGAGGAGGGCGGCAACAAGGGCAUCUGGAUAAGAGACAUACGCAUGAAGUCCAACCUGAACAUGAUACAGCUCAACAAGAUCCUCAAGAAUCUGGAGACAAAGAAGCUCAUCAAGGCGGUGAAGUCGGUGAAUGCCAGCAAGAAAAGGUUUACAUGCUUUACAACCUGGAGCCAGAUCUCUCCAUCACAGGAGGCGCUUGGUACCAGGAUCAGGACUUUGAGGUGGAAUUCGUGGAUGUCCUGAACCAGCAGUGCCUACGAUUUCUGCAAAUGAAACGCGACAAUGCGGAGAAGAAGCGCGAGGGUCCUCUGGCUUCAAGCAAAUGUCCUGCUGCACGGUCAACGAGGUCCAGAAGUUCAUCUCGGACCUGGGCAUCAGCAAGGUCAAACUGGCGAGGCCGACCUGGAGACCAUCCUCAAAAACUGAGUGUACGACGGCAAUGCGGAACGUGUGCGUCAACAGGAUGGAUCCCACGUGUACCGGGCGGUCAACUCCCCACUGCCACCCACGGGAUUAGUGCAAAUGCCCUGCGGCAUUUGUCCCGUCAUUAAAAACUGCUCCAACUGCGGCGAUGUAACUGCUAUAACCUGUGAAUAUAUGCGAGAUUGGUUGGACUGAGGAGU